GCCAUCAGAGCGUUUCCCGUCUCGUUAGUGUCCGUCACGACUCCGCUCACGCCUGACGGAGCAGCCGGCGCGCAUUUCUGUCGCUUUAAGACCGAUUUCCCCCCAUUGUCAGGCGGUCGUGAACAGGAAGAAGAGCAGUCAGUCACCAAAAGGAAGGAGGGAGGGGGUCAUCCGCACGUUUGAGGCAGCCUCCCGGCCUGUGAGCGAAUCCGCGGAGUCCUCACCGUCCUCGGGGGGUCACCUGGGCGGCAUGGAGGUGCCAGAGCGCGCGCGAGCUCCAGGAAAUGAUGCCAUCCAUCGGCGCUCCGCGGACUAGAAGAAACGCGCGUUUUAUUUGAUUUCACUAACAUCUCGACUGAAGACAUCUCCGUGGAUCAGGUCGUGAAGGGGGGUUCUGACCGCCGGUAGAGGCAGGUGCAUUAGUGCGCACCGGGACGCCGCAGUACGCAUCUGGAGGAUGGCAUCCACCAUCGAGAGGAAGACGCUGGAGGCUAACGAGGAGCCGGUGGACGAGGUCCUCCAAAUGCCUCCUUCCCUGCUGACGUGUGGAGGCUGUCAGCAGAACAUCGGGGACAGGUUCUUCCUCAAAGCCAUUGAGCAAUACUGGCAUGAGGACUGCCUGAGCUGCGACCUGUGCGGCUGUCGUCUCGGUGAGGUGGGCCGUCGCCUCUACUACAAGCUUGGAAGAAAACUAUGCCGUCGAGAUUAUCUGAGGCUCUUUGGUCAGGACGGUCUGUGUGCUUCCUGUGAAAAGAGGAUCCGGGCGUUUGAGAUGACGAUGCGUGUGCGAGACAAGGUUUACCAUCUGGAGUGCUUCAAAUGCGCCGCCUGCCAGAAGCACUUCUGCGUGGGUGACCGCUACCUUCUCAUCAACUCGGACAUCGUCUGUGAGCAGGACAUCUUCGAGUGGACUAAGCUCAACAACAGCAAUAUGGUGUAGGAGGAUCUCUGACUGCUUUUUAGAAUCGACCAAUACCUGAUGGGCUUUGAACUAAACCUCUUUUUGCAGCCCGUUUGGGUUUUAUCGACUGCAAUAUAAUGUUUUUCCAUCCUGUGGAGUUACAGCACCAGCAAUAAGAAACUAUUCCUAAAUGCAAAAACUUUUUUUAAGGACUAAACAUUCUUAAAUAUGCAAAAUAUAGUUUCUCAAUUAAAAAAAACAACAAAACUUUGUUUUGAAGUUUUUUUUUUAUUAUUUUGUCAGACCUUCAAAUCUACAAGUGGAUCAAAAACUUUUCUGGACUGUAAUCUCUUAAGGAUUCCUUUGAACUAAAUGGAAUUUUGUUUAACAGUUUUAAGUAAAUCUAAUCAAACCAAACCUUGAUUCCGGAAUUAUUUAUUUGCCUCACGCCAUCUUUAUGUGAGUUUCAUUUUUUGCUUGUGCUUAUCAUUAAUAGUAAAUGUUUGAAGGACUCCAUGUGAAAUAUUCUACUCAAGUUGAAUCCUGAUAGACAACAGUUUGAUGCAGUGCUGCCCUCUAGUGGUGAGCGAAGUAAAUGCAGUCCCAAUCUCACUCCACCGGAUUGCUGUUUGUAUUGUAUAAAAAACCUUCCACAUAUUAAAAAAAGGUAUUUAUGAUAAAUUAAAAA